GAUAAAAUGUGUCUAAAUAGUGCUAUAUUAUUUUAACUGUUAUGAUAAAGAUGAUUUUUUUAGCAAAUAUAAAUGUAUUUAGAAGACAAAUAAAAUAUUUUAUUCAACAUGCUCCUAAAUAAUAAUAUGUUAAGCAAAUAUGAAGGUGAAAGAGAAUAUUUGAUUUAUUUAAUUCGUUUGUUGUUAUAGUAAGUGAACAAUUUUUAAAAUGUUGAAAGAUAUAAAACAUAUUAUUUUGAUUUUAUCUGGAAAAGGCGGAGUAGGAAAAUCAACUGUUAGUACGCAGUUGAGUUUAGCAUUGAAAGAAAAUGGUUUUAAAGUUGGUUUGUUAGAUAUAGAUUUAUGUGGGCCAAGUGUUCCUUAUUUAUUGCAAUUAGAAGGAAAAGAUGUACAUCAAGUGGAGGAAGGGUGGGUGCCUGUAUAUUCUGAUGAAGAGCAGAAUUUAGCUGUUAUGUCCAUUGGCUUUCUUUUAAAUAAUAGAAAUAGCUCUGUAGUCUGGAGAGGCCCAAAGAAGACUGCUAUGGUAAAACAGUUUUUAACAGAUGUUUGCUGGGGAAAUCUUGAUUACUUGAUUAUAGAUACUCCACCUGGUACAUCAGAUGAACAUAUAACAGUUAUGGAAAAUUUAAAAACAGUCAAAUGUGACGGUGCCAUAAUAGUGACAACUCCGCAACAAGUAUCAAUUGAAGAUGUAAGAAAAGAAAUAACUUUUUGUAGGAAAACUGGAAUCCCCAUUAUAGGCUUGAUUGAAAAUAUGAGUGGGUUUGUGUGUCCACAUUGUUCUGACUGCACCAACAUCUUCAGCAAAGGAGGUGGGGAAUCUUUAGCCGAAAUAACAAAAAUUCCAUUAUUGGGGACAUUACCAAUAGACCCAAAAAUUGGACAUCUACUUGGAAAAUCCUGUGUUAAAGAAUUUCCAGACUCGCCGAUGUCAAAAGAGUUUAGCAAUAUCAUGAGAAGGUUACAGAUGAAUAAAUGAUUAUUUAGAAUAAGUUGUAUGUAUUUUAACUCUCCCUUAUACCGUCAAAGCCAGAUUAAAUAUAAAUACCUUGAUAUUUAACAAUAUAUAUGGUCAGGUGAUAUGUGCAAAUGAGAAAGAGGAUCUUUAAUGGCUAGAAAACUUACAGAAGAGUUCGAAAUAUGAGGUCUUCAAAUCAAUAUUACAAAAACACAUUAUCUAUUCAUUGCUGAAGAGACCACGGAUCAAAUAGUUAUAAUAAUUAUGUUAAUGGAUAUAAAUUUUAAAUUAUCAUUUAAAUCACAAACCAAUUAUGUAAAUAUGAAAAAAUGUAUUCCACAUAGAAAAUAAUGUUUUUUAAAUGAAUCACAAUUUCAUAAAAAUUAUUGGAAAGUGCAAUUAUUACUAAGAACCUGUUUUUAUUGUGAAACUGCUCAUCUAAUAACACUGUAAUUAUGUACACCUACAGGUCACAAUAUUAAAAAUUUGAACACUCAAAUUCUCAUUUUGAAAAUCUGCCAGCUUUUUAUUUUACAUAACAAAGAUGCAUAAAACUUUUCUAUUUGGUAGAUAGAAUUAUAUUUGAAUGUAUUAAAUUCCCUCUACCCCUCAAAAUAAACUUAUUCUACUAUAUUUUUUAAUAUGAACAUCUAUGUAUUUUUUUUCAAGAGUCUGAUCAUAAAAAGUAGUUUUAAACAUUAAUCCCGAACAGGAAAAAACUUGACAACGUAAGACUAUGUUUCUAUUGGCAAAAUCACAUUACUAGAAAAAUAAAAAGUAUGAUAACAUAAUUUUUAAAAAUCGAGAAUUUGAGGUUUGUCAAAAUAAUUAUAUUAGAUAAAACUUCGAGAACAAACGAAUUUUCAAAAUGUAUUCUAAAAUUUGAAAUUUGCGUAAAAAAAUUUUCCAUAAAAAAACCAAUAUUUACAACUUUAAAUAUUUUUCUAAUGAACAAGAAAAGAUUAUAAAACACCUUUAUAUGUAUAAUUAAGAUUUAUUUUCCUUUUCCUGAAAAAUUAAUGAAAUAAAAUUUAUAAGAUACAUGUUCAAUUUUUUUAAUUUUUAUUUAUAUUUUAUUACAAAGGUAAAAUAAAUUAAGGAACAGUAAUGAA